AUGUUCACUCGUUGUUUUCUUUUUCUGAACACGACAAGCAUCGAUACCAUGGAGGAGCACUUGAAGGACAAGUUUGGUGAACACACUGCAGCUUACUAUUCUCUUGGAUAUGGCGCAGAGAAAUGUGGAAGAAGCAUGAGUAUUACUUGGAUCACAAUACUGAUUGCAGCUGUGACGAGCCUAUCUCUUACGGAACGAAAUGAAAUUUCGCGAAAGUUCAAGUACUACUUCAACACUGUUCGUCCCACCGCUCCUGACAACUUUAUAUCCAACAUUAAUGGCAGUUUCUUCAAAAUUGGUGUAGAAUUCCACAUUUCUGGGACGUAUGUAAAAUCACGAUCACUUCUUGUCGACGCUGUGGUGGUAUUCCACUGGACGGAUGAUCGUUUGGUGCUUAGAGAGCUGUUCGACGACUUUGAACUUCCGCAAGAGUUUGUCCCGUGGCUACCUAGAGUGCGGACAGUUCCGCAACCUCACACGGCUACGGUUGUUCUCUCUCCUGCUACGGGAAUUGUUUCCCUUUACCAUCGUGUGAAGGAAGUCAUAACAUGUACAACAGUCGAAUGGAAACAUCCAUUUGAAACAUUCAACUGCGAACUACUAACAGAAAAUGCAGGAGAUGAAGUUUUAACGGUGCUCAAUGUUCGAGAUUUACGACCAGAACACCAGACUAUGCGAAUAGGAGCUCAGCUUGCACUCUUUCCAUCUUCAUCUUUAAACUUGAAGUUCUCUGCUGAAUGGGAUUCAGCAUUGCUUUCUGUAUAUCUGCCUUCUGUCUUGAUUGUUGCUCUAGUCUUUUUUGCGCAAUGGAAAAGACGGAAAGUGCAGAUAUUGGUUUCUCUGUCCGCAAUCAUUUGCACACUUGUCUUACUGGUGAGUUCACGGCCUUACCAUUCAGCUACUCUAUUGGAUCUGUGGAUAUCCGCCUGUUUCAUUCAUACUGUAUUCCUACUUCUUGUUGAUUUAACGCUACCAGCAAGAAGAAUAAGAUAUGCACUACUGGUAGAUGUUGAGAAUAAUCAGAGAAAGCCAAGAGACACUCUACUAAAAUAUGAGGAAACAUCUGUACGAACAAUCGAUCUCAUUCGAAAUUGGGUGGACAGAAGGUUAGGAGUAAUACGAAGCCGAGAUCCCAACGCACAUGUUGUCACUAUCCCUCCUGAAUCGACAAUGGUGCAGACACAAAUCACAACUACCACCUUAGGAGAAAGAAAGAAGAUAGCUCUUAUUGUUGUAGGAAUUAGUUUCAUCGUUUUUGUCCUAGCCUAUUGUGUCGUUGUUUUUUCCAUUGAUUAA